AUGACUUCCAAGUCCAAACCCACCAUGAAUCCCACAGUGGAGGAUGAAGUUGGCGAUGCCCAUACUAAUCCAAAUGCCCAACCCAAUGCAAAUGAUAUAUCAGUCCCAUGGUCGGAGCUUUUUCUUUGCGACCAGAUUUUCUCCCGUCACGAGGCCGUUCUCUGCUCCCAUCUCGAAAUGCUUAGCAUGGUGAAGGAGCAGAUUGCUCCGGAGGUCAAUGGCUUCCAAACCGUCUCGUCAAUGGUGAACAAAACAGUGUUGGCGAUGAACCAGCUGAAGAUAGCUAGAAAACACAUGAUGAGCAAAACCGCAACACCCUCAACCUCCAGUUCCUCUAACUCUUCCAACCCCACACAAUCGACUGACACAGAGGCCAAUACCCGCAAGAAAAGACGCAGAAUCUCGAGGGACACCGACACAGACCGUCCUGGGGCUACGGACGAGACGCGAGCUCCCAAACGAUACCGUGACUCCUCCUUCCAGCCAAGCACCGAGCAAGAUGGAGAAUUUGUGUCGUUUUCACUUGGAACAGAAGAUAUCUCCGCAGAAGUCCAGCGACGACUGAAAAUCAAGGAGGAGCAACGUUUGAAAAAAGAAAACCCCAAAGCGGAUAAACGCAAGCGCGAUAGUCUCGCCUCAGAUGAAGGUGAAUCGCCUAUUACAUCCAGGCCUCGGAGAAAACGGUUUAGGCUGGGAACUGCGUAUCAGAGAUCUAGUGAUUUGGCGGACAAUGACGCGGGUUCUCCGAACAAGAAACGACGCACAUCGCCCUAA